UCUCGCUACAGUUUUUGUGGGCGACGCGCUGCUGCUGCUAAGCAGCGUGAGAGACAGAGUGAGACCUCCUUCGUCGGACACGUGUAAGGACAAUCAAAGUCGCCGAGGGGAAAAUGUCUCCGUUUACUAGGUCGCUGACUUUGUUUAGUGGGAGAAUAGUGGCAGCGCGUGCAGUCCGGUAUCACUCCUCGCUGACAGCUGAGCUGAUUGAAAACAUGGAUAAGAAAGCAACCUGGGACCGCUUCUACACCGAGAGCAGCAGCAGCAGCCGGACGGCAUCCUUCAAAAACUUUGAGUGGUUCUUCGGCUUCGACGCUGUCAGGGACUUCAUCAUGCCCCUCUUGCGGACCGAGCCCCACCCAGGUGGUGUUCUCCGAGUCCUGGACCUGGGCUGUGGCACCUCUGCUUUAGGGCCCUGCAUAUACAGACACUCUCCCCUCCCGGUCCGGGUCACUUGUGCGGACAUUUCCCCCGUAGCUGUGCGACUAAUGAAGGAGCACAUCCAAGCCGAACCCAUACAACCUCUCAAUCUUUCCUCUCGGCUUGAGUUUGUAGAGCUGGACUGCACACAGCUCCACAAGCACUAUGGCAGUAGCAGUGUGGACCUUAUCGUGGACAAGGGCACUACAGACGCCUUGUUGAGGUCCAAGGAAGGACGACAGAAGGCCGGACUCAUGCUGAAGCAGUGUUUGAAGGCGCUGCGGCGCUCUGGAGCUCUGCUCCAGUUUUCUGAUGAGGACCCUGAUGUCCGGCUGCUGUGGUUGGAGACUGAGGCGCAGGAGUCGGGAGUGAUGGCCGUGGAUGUUGGGGUGCAGGAGAUUGGGGAGCUAAGGGGACUGUCUUAUUACUGCUACAAUGUGAAUCCUCGGGCCAUUGUAUAGCAACUUUUUUUUCAUGGGCUUUCUAGUGUGUCGGUGGUUUCGCCAGCACCCCAGAGCUGCCAUCCUCGGCACACUCUAUCCCUCCUAAUCCUGUUUAACCUUGUGCUCAUCACACCUGCAGUUUAUGAGUGCCCCUUUCCCCCACACUGCUUGUCUCUUUCCUCUGGUUGCUGCGAGCUUCUCAUCGGUACUUUCUAGUAUCCGUCUGGUUGGAUAUGUUUGAAUGAACUGGCACUACUAUGGCUCUGGGUAUGCGUUUAAUAAACACCUAAACUUCU